AUGGCACAGGAAGCGGCCCACGUUUUCUACUCGUGCAACAGAAUCAUAGUGGUAGAUCGCGACGACGACAACGACACCAAUAAUUACGACCUGCUCACGGGGCUUGUGGAUGCUGCGAUGUUCAUACGCAAACGCAGCAUCCGUCCCGCGAUGCUUGGCCACAUUCGCACUCUGGAGAUUGUGUUGCCGACUGCCCGGGACAGCGCCGACGUUUGGGAAUCGCAGGCGGGCCAGGCCCUCCGUGGGUGGCAGAUGGCGAUCGACAACUUAAAACGCCACGCGAACCUGCCUGCUCUGACGCUCGUGGUCCUGAUAGACGUCUGGUACUGUCAAUGGGAUGUCGAGCACGUGGAAUAUUUCCUCCAAAAUGCGGACGACCUUUACUUGGCCGCCCUGCCAAUUCUCGAGCCUUUCCGGCAGAUGCGGGACCUCAAGCGUUUCUUUGUGCGACUCGAGUGGUCCAGCCAUUGGUCACCUGGAUACCUGAUUCCAGAGGACGUAGCGGAGGACAUGACGGCCGUCAGGCUCUGUCGAAACUGGGGCCGAAGGCUAGAGCGUAUCGAGCGCACGUUGGAGAAGUUUGUCAAGGGGGACGAUUAUGACAGUCGGGCAUUGGGAAAGCUCGGUUGCGGUCCGAGCCUCUGGAUGAUUGAACUGUGGGACUACUUGACUAUGAAGCAAAGGGAGUGA